AUGAACAAAAUACUAAAUACUAUUGAUAAAUUCGAUAUUUUUGGAGUUCCAAUAAGUCUUUUAACUGAUGCUAAGGCUUCUUUAUAUAAAAGUAAGUUUGGUGGAAUAAUUACUCUUUUGAUUGGAAGCAUUAGUUUAACAUAUUUUUUAUAUAUUAUUAUAUUAUGGAUUGAUCAUCAAAUACCUCCUAUUGUGAGUUUUAAAUAAUAAACUAUCUCAUAUGCUGAAUUAAAGUUAUCAAAUUCUAUUAUUGAAUUAGAAUUAUAAGAUUUUUUAGGAGAUGUAGAUCCAUUUAGAAAAGAAAAUAAUAUUAUCACUCCUAAUUUAUACAUUGUUCUAAAUACAACUAUAUAUGAUAAACCAAUUCCAUUAUUUAGUAGUGAAGAUAAACCAUUUAAAAUAUCAAUAGAUAAUGGUACAAUAGUUUUAAACCAUGAUUAUACAGGAAAUGAUAGUCGUUUGGAAAUGACAUAAUAUUUACUUGUUUUCGAAAGUUGCUCUAAUUUAACAGCUAUACCUGGAAGUUAUUGUGCUGAUGAAAAUGUAAUAAAUUAGUAUUUAUCUAAAUUUCAUGGAUUUUUAUUCUUAACAAUUAAAUUAAAUUAACUUUAAUAUUCUACAGGAGAAUUAGAAGAAAUUUAAAAAUAAUAUUAUACAGCCUUAGAACUAUCUAGACCUUUAUAUUCAUAAGUUAUGCUUAAAUAGUAAGAAACCAUUAUUGAUAAUGGUAUAUUAUUUAAUAAUUAUAAACAAUAUUCUUUCUUAAACAAUUAUGAGUUAAUUAAUUAAUAAGUAGAUAAUUUUUUCAUCUCUUAGAUAAUUAGUUAAAUGUCAAAAUAAAAAUAUGAAUUUAAGAGUUUUGGUUGUUAUUUAUUUAGAAUUGAUAAUAUUGCUGUGACAGAAAAUAUAACACUGCCAAAAUUAGGUUAAAUUUUAGCUUAAGUAGGGUCAAUUGUGUAGGUUAUCUUUUUGUUAAAAUAUAUUGCAAUAUAUUAUAAUCAAAUUUUAUUGGAAAAUUAAUUACUUUACGAAAUAGUAACUAUGUAUUAUCCAGAUUUAAAAAAAAUCAAGUUGAACUAUUUCAACCAAUUAGAAAUUAAGCCAAAUUCACAAAAUAGUAGCGAGUAUUCAAACUAAAAUAUUAAAUAUCUAUAUAUAACUUUUAGUAAAAGAGCAAAGGAAAAAUGCAGACUAAAUAAUAUUUUAUAUGAAAUCUCAAGACUAUAGUUUAUUAUUUAAUAAUAAUUUGGAGACUAAGUUUUAUAACAGAGUCAUUAAAUGGGAGGAAAACUAUCAAAUAAUUAUUUAGAUCAUUAAAAUAGUAAGGAAUCAAAUCGAUUAACUGUUAAACCAGCUAAUUCUUUAGAUUUAGAAAAUGAGUAUGUUUUAUUGGAUCCAUUAGAAAUAUUGUAAAAAUAACCUUGGAGUUGA